CCUGGCAGCCUCCCGCAGGUACUACUUCGAGGUGCUGCACAAGCAGAACGACGAGGGCACCGACCACGUGGAGGUCGCGUGGCGGCGGAGCGACCCCGGAGCCACGUUCGCCAUCAUCGACUCCUCGGCUUUGUCGCUCUUCACGAACGAGACUAUCUUAAGGAUGGAUGAAGUGGGCCACAUCCCACAGACGGCAGCCAGCCACACGGGCGCCUCCAGCUCUCUCCCUGUGGACGAGCAGCCUCCAGCCGACAUGCUGCGGCCCGAUCCCCGGGACACCCUGUACCGAGUGCCUCUGAUCCCCAAGUCCCACCUCCGCCACGUCCUGCCUGAUUGUCCCUACAAACCCAGCUACCUGGUGGACGGGCUCCCGCUGCAGCGCUACCAGGGCCUCCGCUUUAUUCAUCUGUCCUUUGUUUAUCCCAAUGACUACACCCGCCUGAGCCACAUGGAGACCCAUAACAAGUGCUUCUACCAGGAAAAUGCCUACUACCAGGACAGGUUCAGCUUCCAGGAGUACAUCAAGAUUGACCAGCCAGAGAAGCAGGGCCCAGAGCACCCAGGUUUUGAGGAGACCCUUCUAGAAGAAUCUCAGUAUGAAGAAGUGGCAGAGGAGACCCCUGCCUCCCUCGACCGGGACAUCAAGACACCAGAGAGAAAACAAGUGUCUACCUCCACCCCCAGGCAGGACGUCACUGACUACCGCCUCCGAAGCCUGCGGAAGCUCCUGGCCCGGCCUCUAGGGGACCAGGGGGUGCCCGUUCCCAAGCAGAAUUCCACAGCUUCCUUCCCCGUGAGGAGCAGCGACACCCUCCAGCACCCAGAGAAGAGGAAGGGAAUGCCCAGCCCCGCGCCCAGCCAAGCCUCCCCGCGUUCUGACAAGCGGGCCCCUGGGCACUUGGCACAGAACCUACCUCUGACUAAGAGGCCCAGGCCCACGGGGAGCGGCCCCGGGAAGACCCUGGAGCAGUCUCAGUGGCUGAAGCAAGUAGACUCCUACAUUGCACAGCAGAGAAGGGGUGACGGGUUGGAGGCACAGGCCUCCAAAGGGGGGUGGCCCGGGGAGGAGGAGGAGGAGGUGGCAGCUGCGGAUCAGGAUGGACCAGUGGAAGGAGAGGAAGAAGGGGAAGAAGAAGAGGAGGACGACGAUAUGAGUGAGGUGUUCGAGUACGUGCCUGUGUUUGACCCGGUAGUCAACUGGGACCAGACCUUCAGCGCCCGCAAUCUGGACUUCCAAGCCCUGAGGACUGACUGGAUCGACCUGAACUGUAACACAUCCGGCAACCUGCUGCUGCCCGAGCAGGAGGCCCUUGAGGUCACGAGGGUCUUCUUGAAGAAGCUCAACCAGAGGAGCCGGGGGAGAUACCAGCUGCAGCGCAUUGUGAACGUGGAGAAGCGUCAGGACCAGCUGCGUGGGGGCCGCUACCUCUUGGAGCUCGAGCUGCUGGAACAAGGCCAGCGCCUGGUGAGGCUGUCAGAGUACGUGUCCACGCGGGGCUGGCAGGGCGUCGACCCGGCUGGUGCAGAAGAGGCCGAGCCCCGGAACCUGCAGGGCCUGGUCUGGAGCCCCCACAGCCGGCGGCGGCGGAGGCAUGUCCUGAACGUCCGGGAUCCCGAGCCCAAGCUGUGCUGGCCCCAGGGCUUCUCCUGGAAUCACCGAGCCGUGGUCCACUUCAUUGUGCCCGUGAAGAACCAGGCGCGCUGGGUGCAGCAGUUCAUCAGAGACAUGGAAAACCUGUCGCAGGUCACCGGCGACCCGCACUUCAACGUCAUCAUCACCGACUACAGCAGUGAGGACAUGGAUGUUGAGAUGGCCCUGAAGAGGUCCAAGCUGCGGAGCUACCAGUAUAUGAAGCUCAGUGGGAACUUUGAGCGCUCAGCUGGACUUCAGGCUGGCAUUGACUUGGUGAAGGACCCUCACAGCAUCAUCUUCCUCUGUGACCUCCACAUCUACUUUCCCCCCGGAGUCAUCGACACCAUCCGGAAGCACUGUGUGGAGGGCAAGAUGGCCUUCGCCCCCAUGGUGAUGAGGCUGCACUGCGGGGCCACCCCUUGGUGGCCUGAGGGCUACUGGGAGGUGAAUGGGUUCGGACUGCUCGGCAUCUACAAGUCAGACCUGGACAAGAUCGGAGGCAUGAACACCAAGGAGUUCCGGGACCGCUGGGGCGGAGAAGACUGGGAGCUGCUGGACAGGAUCCUCCAAGCAGGCCUGGAAGUGGAGCGUCUCUCCCUCAGGAAUUUCUUCCAUCACUUCCAUUCCAAGCGCGGCAUGUGGAACCGCCGCCAGGUGAAGAUGCCGUGAGGCCCGUGGUGGGGCUGGCUGGACCCACCGCCGUGGCUCGUGACUUGGGGUUGCUUCCCAGUGCCCUGCUCGGUGCAGAGGACGGGAAGACGGGGAGCAGCAGGGUGCCUGGGUCCCAAGAGGCCUCAGCGCGGAGCUCCUCUCCACCAGGAGCUGCCCCUCAUGUGGAUUCAGGUCCCAGGGCUCCUCUGCCACUCGCUCGGCUGACAGAGACGAUGGCUUCUGAGAGCGUGGAGCAGCGCGGUCAGGGAGAGGAGACCCGUCCUCACCCCUGGCUGGAGGCGCGUUCCAGUGACCCCCGUGCGCGCCGUGAGGAGUGUUGGCCGUGAACUGCUGUGCAGACCUGGCCUUGGCGGGGCAUGUAUGCCGAGGGGAUGUCCCCACUUGCAAACCUCAGGCCCGCUUGUGUGCUGCAGUGUGGCCCUUGAGCACCGUCCCGUCCAGCGGUGCUGUCCUGUCUGGAGCAGGUCUGGCCCUUGCCCAGGCUUGAGCUCCCAAAUCCACAUCUCUCCGGGUAGCCACCGAGCUGCUGGCCACCCUUAGGGCAUUAAUGGAAGCGCUCCUGGGGCACUCACCUGGGACUGGACUCACAGAGCUGGGGGUGCCUUCCGGUAGGGGGUGGGGUGGGAGGGAGGUGGGGUCUGGGAGGCAGUGCGUCUCUUGCCACUAGUGAUCGCAGUGUGGCUCUGCAAAAUGGGCGGGCUGAAGAAGGCCAGGGAGAGGUGCCCCGCCCCCUCCAGCUCGCCCUGGGCGGAGCCUCGGAGGACAUGCGUGCUGCGCGAGGAGAGCUUAGAGGGAAUGUGGCGGUGCUCCUUAGACACGGGUGUGGAGGCCAGGCGGGGAGGGGCGGAGAAGGCCCAGCCACCUGGCCCUGUGCGGAGGCAGGGGACAGGCAAGGGUGGCGGGGAGCAGGGAGCAGUGGAAGACCGGGAAGUCCCUUCCCCAGGGGAGGGGGCAAGGGGUCAGAAGAACUCAAGUGGAGCAGUUUCAGGGAAAUACCCCCGGCCUUUGCAGUCUGUGGCGCCCCCUUUCUGUCACCAGUGGUCACGGACUUGUCUUUUGCACUAAUAAACCCCAGGCGCUUCUGUGGCCGGGGACUGUUCUACCGCUGCUGCUGAGCUCCCCAGUGUUGCAUUUGGGUGCUUGCCCCUGAACCCCGAGUGCGUGGAGGACGCCCUGACGUGGGGGAGAAGGGGCUGGGGGAAGUGCAGCGGGAUCCUGAGCAGGGGUGGCUGAGCCCAAGGUCCACGCUGUGACAGACCAGAGGCAGCGUUUGGAGCUGCAAGGCCUGCCCAGGGCAUCUGCGUUCACCAAGAGCAGAAGCUCGGCUGGAGGCUGGAGGCUGGAGGCCGCGGGGAUCUGUGGGGCGCUGGAAGAAUCACUGCCUUCCUCUAAGGAAUCGGGUUGGGCUGUUGUGGCUCAUGGAUGCCCUACCUGCCCCCGGGCUGUGGCCUCUUCUGGUUCCUGCUCAGGCUUUCUGCCGCCUGGAAAGAGCGCGUAGGAAGCAGGGAGGGCCGCAGCUGGUCAGCUAGGGGCCAGGGUCUCUAGGGCCGCUCUCAUUCUUGGCAUUGCACUGGAAGGCCAGAACCGGUCCCUGCAGCUCUGCCGUUCCACUUCUCCUGAUGCCUGGGGCUUGCCCCGCCUGCCUGCACCCCUGUUCCCAGGCCAGUGCCUUGUGUUUGUUACUUCCACACCAUCUGCCUUAAGGGGCCGUUCUGGCCCCUGCUCUGUAGGGAAAUGUCUCGGGUGGGGGAAGGGAAGACAUUAAAUACAGCAUCUUCGUAGAAAA